AUGGAAGAGCUAAAACGAAAACCAGCUUAUUUUGUUGCUAUAAAAAACAUAGUUCAAUGCAUCGAAACCCAAUUAAAAAGUAGAUUUGGAGAUCUUGGGCACGAGCAAUCUUUGUCAUUGUGCACAAUAUUGGACCCGAGGUACAAAACAUCAAUGUUCAUUGACGAAAGUGCAGCUGAAAGGGCCAAGUCCAACCUUGUCACAAAGGUCUAUAAUCUCAUGACAGACGGGACAGAGCUAACUCCUUUAGCUACCGCGGAACCUCAGUCAAGCAGAGAGGACGACGAGGAAAUUAGUGUGUGGAGAAAAAGAAAUUCAAUCUUAGAAAAAAGAAGGGUUAACCCUAACCAAAAUCUUUUUCAAACCGCUCAACGGGAAGUAGAAUUGUCUGCAAGAUGA